AUGGCGACUUUAAAGCCACCGGAAUCUCAACUACUGAAAACCCUUACAUCGAUCCUCACAUCGGAGAAAACCCAUUUCCUCGAAACCCUAAAUCCUUACAUCCCUCAAAUCACUCAGCCCCUUCUUCUCUCCCUCUUCUCUUCUCCUUCACUCGCUAAAAGACCCGAAACACUCGUCUCUUUCUUCCAUUGGGCUCAGAAUUCUGUUCCCGAAGCAUUUCCAUCGGAUUCACCUCUUCCCCUUCUCUCCGUCGUCCGCUCUCUUCUCUCCCACCACAAAUUCGCCGACGCCAAAUCACUUCUCGUCUCCUACAUCCGAACAUCCGAUGCAUCGCUCUCUCUUUGCGACUCCCUCCUCCACCCGAAUCUACAUCACUCGCCUCCUCCUUCUAAGGCUCUCUUCGACAUUUCGCUCGGCGCGUAUCUUCAAGCGGGGAAGCCUCACGUCGCGUUACAGAUCUUCCAGAAGAUGAUUCGGUUGAAGCUCAAGCCAAAUCCUCUCACUUGCAGCACUCUUCUCAUUGGUUUAGUCAGGUACCCUUCUAGCUUCUCUCUCUCGAGUGCUAGAGAAGUGUUUGAUGAUAUGGUUAAGCACGGUGUCUCGCUAGAUGCGAAAACUUUCAAUGUAUUGAUUCAUGGGUAUUGCUUAGAAGGAAAGCUCGACGAUGCCGUAAGGAUGAUAGAGAGGAUGGUUAGUGAGUUCAAGGUUAAUCCCGAUAACGUUACCUACAAUACGAUUUUGAAAGCAAUGUCUAAGAAAGGGCGUUUGAAUGAUGUUAAGGAGUUGUUGUUGGACAUGAAGAAGAAUGGGUUGGUGCCAAAUAGAGACACUUACAAUAAUCUAGUGUAUGGUUACUGUAAGCUGGGUUCAUUGAAGGAAGCAUUUCAGAUUGUGGAGCUGAUGAAGCAAACUAACAUGUUACCGGAUCUUCGCACUUAUAACAUGUUGAUGAACGGGCUGUGCAAUGCAGGGAGUAUCAGGGAAGCUCUUGAGUUAAUAGAUGAGAUGAAGGAGUUAAAGUUACUCCCUGAUGUGGUUACGUACAACACGUUGAUUGAUGGUUGUUUUGAAUUGGGGCUUAGCUUGGAAGCUAGGAAGUUAAUGGAGCAAAUGGAGAAUCAUGGAGUUAAACCUAACCAAGUGACUCAUAACAUAUCUCUUAAGUGGCUUUGUAAAGAAGAGAAGAUGGAAGAGGUUAAUAGAAAGGUUAAGGAAUUGGUGGAAGUUCAUGGGUUUUCUCCUGAUAGAGUUACUUACCAUACUUUGAUAAAUGGGUAUUUGAAAGUUGGCGACUUGAGUGGUGCUCUUGAGAUGAUGCGUGAGAUGGGACAGAAAGGCAUUAAGAUGAAUACCAUAACACUUAAUACUAUACUCGAUGCAUUAUGUAAAGAGAAGAAACUUGAUGAAGCUCGCAAUUUGCUGGAUAGUGCUCGCAAGCGAGGAUAUAUUGUUGACGAGAUUAGUUAUGGCACAUUAAUCACGGGAUACUUCAGGGAAGAAAAGGUUGAGAAGGCUUUGGAGAUGUGGGACGAGAUGAAGAAGAUGAAGAUCAUACCUACAGUGAGCACGUUCAACUCUUUGAUCGGAGGUCUGUGUCACAAUGGUAAAACCGAGCUAGCGAUGGAGAGAUUCGAUGAGCUUGCUGAGAGUGGUUUGCUUCCUGAUGACACUACUUUCAACUCAAUCAUCCUCGGAUACUGCAGAGAAGGAAGGGUUGAGAAAGCGUUUGAGUUUUAUAACGAAUCCAUCAAUCACUCUUUCAAGCCUGAUAACUACACAUGCAACAUUCUUCUCAAUGGUCUUUGUAAAGAGGGUAUGACAGAAAAGGCUCUCAAUUUCUUCAAUACGCUUGUAGAGGAGAGAGAUGUCGACACGGUUACAUACAACACGAUGAUCUCAGCUUUCUGCAAGGACAGGAAGUUAGAAGAAGCAUUUGAUCUUCUGUCAGAGAUGGAGGAGAAAAGACUAGAGCCGGAUAGGUUUACAUACAACAGUAUCAUCACUGCGCUUAUGGAAGAUGGUAAGCUGAGUGAAGCAGAAGAGUUGCGGGAGAAAGUUUCUGGAAAGUUUGGAUCCGUGAAGCUGAAUUUGCAGGCAGAGACAAAUGAAAAUACUGAAUCGAAGGAGGAACUUAACAGUGAGGCUAUUGCUUACUCAGAUGUAAUAGAUGAGCUUUGUAGUAGAGGAAGAUUAAAGUGUCAUUCUAGUUCUAGAUUUCACACAGGGUGA